AUGGAUGGUCCAAUGCAAUUACUAUAUCAAAUAUUAAAUCAUUUUGAAAAAUUAAAUGGUAUAGAUCCAAUUGGAUUAUUUUUAAGUUUACUAGUUUCUGUCGGGCACCUUUGUGCUGAAUCAACAGUUAAAAUUACUAAUCAUAUAUCGAAAUUGAAUCUUUUUCUGUUAUUAAUAGGUCCAUCAGAUACUGGAAAAUCAAAAAUUAUUAGUCCAAUUAAAAAAGCUAUAAUUGAUACGAUUAAAGCCUUGGGAAUUUCUAAAGAUGAUGCCGGAAUCAUGGAUGAUUUUACGAAUGCUUCACUUUUAGCAAAACUAGCUAAAACCAAUGUAUUUAUUCUAACAGAUGAAGCUGAAAAGCCGCUUCUUUCAUUAGGUUUUUACUCACCAUUAUCAGAAAUUAGUGCUGGAGACCGUAUUGCUGGAUGUAAAUUUUUUGGUUCAAUACCAACGAGCAAAGAUACGAUGAGCUAUCAUUUAGAAAUUAAUUCACAUUUAUCUUUCGUUGGUGCAACAACUGGACGAUUAUGGCAUCGAUUGAUACAUUUUUAUGGACAAGGCUAUCAAAGCGAUGGAUUUUCCGAACGGUAUUUAUAA